ACGUGAGGCUCUAGUAUGUAAAAUAUUUCUCUUCAGCCAAAGGCCCUGACAUUUUCAAGAAGCAGCAGCAAAAAUGACUAAGGGUACAUCUUCGAUGGGUAAAAGAGGCAAUAAGUCUCAUACCCUCUGCCGUCGUUGCGGAAAGCGUUCUUUCCACAAGCAAAAGAGCACUUGUGCUUCCUGUGGUUAUCCUUCCGCUAAGACCCGCAGCUUCAACUGGGGUGCUAAGGCCAAGAGAAGAAAGACUACCGGUACUGGUCGUAUGCAACAUAUGAAGAAGGUUCACCGUAGCUUUACCAACGGUUUCCGUACUGGCAACAAGCCCGCUACUGGAUCCAAGGCUAAUCCCGCUGCUUCUUCUGCUUAAAUCUAGUGCAUUCAGGACAUUUUUCGGAAGAGGGAUCCCUGUUGCGAUGUACAAUUUGUAUUCUUUGACUGGAUCCGUUUUUAUUGGCAGUUUUUGGGAGAGAAAUCUAAUCUGUGUUCUUUUCAUUUUUUUAAUGUACUGUUUUUAAGUGUGUAGAUACAUCUGAGUAGCGGAAGUCCCGAUGAUAAAGUAAACAACACAUUGGUGAAAGCAUGAACUGAGGAAAAGUAAAAAGCAACCCCA